AGAGUCAGUAGGAGGAGCUCAGAAAUCAGCUACUGUAUCCACAGCAAGAGACAAACUGGCUGUUGGUUGAUGUGCUCCCUGCAGUCAAAGGUAAGACCAUGAACAUUUGCGUUUUAUUAGAGGGUGUGCAACUAAUAUUUGCGAAAACUGUAGUGUGAAGUACCACCAUUUUCAUGUAGGUACACUAUGUCUUGCAGGAACUGCCUCAAGAGUUUAUGUUUAACUUCUUGAGGAGAAAUUAGUGUUAAUUCUUUUGCAUGUUUUUUUUGGCUUUUUAAAAAGUGAACAGCUGCUAUUAUGUCCAUCCAUAACACACAGCUUCAUUUCCCUUCUUUUGUAAAUACUGUCAGAUAAUGAAGCGGUGAGGUUCAGCAUGUAAAACUUGAAUCCGCUUAGGUGUCUGUUAGUAAACCGGCAUGCAGCGUGUCAGUGUGAUCCCUCUGUCUGUGGGCGGGGACACGAAGUGUCAGGUUUGUUUGGGCUUCUCAGAUUUACCGCACUAAAACUUAACCUCACACAUGAACUCAGUGCAGUGAGACAUGAACUGUUGAGCUUUACGGCUGUAAGGUGGAAUCCACAUUACUGCCUCCGACCUCAUUAGGACAGGAUUUAUUGCUCCAGAGAAGGUGUGGUGAUGUUUAUAUGACCUCUUUGUGUAAUUAUUUCCUCCAUAGAGCAUCUGUAGGUCAUAUUUCGGACCAGUUUUUCCUGCAAGACAAGAUUUUGUUCGUGCCUGGAAUUUUUUAAUAAGCUGAGUGUGAAAUUUGACUUCUGUGAAGUAGGAGAGAUACCUAAGAUCAAAUAAAGGAAGUUCAAAGUGCAUGACAUUAAAAGAACACGAUGAGCUCAGAUAAAUAAGUUUUUGCUAUCUGAUAGGUGGUGCAGCUGAAGGUCAGUUAUGAUAUUGUUUUUUGAGCCUCCAACCCUUAAACUGAAGCAUUAAAAAUGAGCAUUAGAAAUCUUUUUUUUUUUCUUUUGAAGAUGUCUUCAAAGGACUAUAAAUUUUUCCAGCACAGAGAUUCACACAAAGACAAAGAAGGCAUUGGCAUUGCUUCUCCUUGUUUCUCUACUGUCUCUUUAGUGUUUGAAUCUGUAUGGCUGCAUCCCUGGUGUUCAGACUCCAUGACAGAGGUCCUGAUCUGGUGAGAGAGGUGCUGCUGGAGAGAGGAUGGGAGGAAUAUGACGAAGACAAACGAGAGGAGGAAGACUGGAACCUGUACUGGAGAGGAUCCGCCUUUAAGAACUCAGAUUAUCUCAACCUGUUGCCAUGGCAGCGACUCAACCACCAUCCCAAGACGACUGGCAUCACACGCAAGGUGAGUGUGUCAAAGACUUGAUGUUUACGUUCAGUAGGGCAUGUGUAUUCAGAGAACUCUACAGGUCUGUGAUUUUUAUUGGGAGGUCAGUUCAAUCUUCCAAAAUAGAAAAGGGUUGAUGAUCAGCCAUUGGCUAUCAAAGAGUAGUUUUGAAGCCCAAUGAUGGUGGUCACCAAAGUGGCCAUAAUUAAUCAACUUAACAUUUGGUUGACCUAACAAGAGGCAAAAAGUUGGAGUUAAGGCAGCUACAGUGUGCCUGUGUGUCAACUGAGUGAGCUGAGCCCGUAAUUAUGCAAAGUUGGUAACCUUGAUAUCUUCAAACUUACUGCAUUAUUAAAGAAAUCACUGCCUGUAGAGUGUGGGUAAAAAAAAAAGAGCUGUUCUGGUAAGAAAAGUAUUUUAUUUUUUUUGCACCAGGUUGUAUGAUAACACCCUGAAACGAUUACUUGUGAUUGACUUUAAGGAUUUUUUGGCACGCAACCUGAGGAGGAUGAGAGCCACAUUAGGUUCAUCGCUUUAUGACUUCAGUCCCACCGCCUUCAUCCUCCCUAAUGACUACACCCGAUUCCUGCCUGAGUAUAACAAACUGCGUCUGACCAGAGGAGCAUCUGUGUACUGGAUUUGUAAACCCGUGGAUCUCUCCAGAGGCAGAGGGAUCUUUAUCUUUGAGGACAUCAAGGACCUGGUCUACGACAGCUCUGUAAUUGUUCAGAGGUACAUCAGUGACCCUUUGCUGAUCUCCGGCUACAAGUUUGACUUGAGGAUCUACGUAUGUGUGAAGACUUUUCACCCGCUAACUGUUUACAUCCAUCAAGAAGGAUUGGUGCGAUUCGCCACUGAGAAGUACAACCUUUCUUCUCUGAAGAACCUGUACGCUCAUCUCACCAACACCAGCAUCAACAAGUUUGGUCCGUUCUAUAAGACCCAGAAAGAGAGAGUGGGCCAAGGAUGCAAGUGGACGAUGAGCAAGUUCAGGCACUUUCUCCACAGCCAAGACAUCAACGAGAAUCUCUUAUGGCAGAGGAUCAACAACAUUGUGAUUCUGACCCUGCUCACAAUCGCUUCAUCUGUACCUUCCUGUCCAAACUGUGUGGAGCUCUUCGGUUUUGAUAUCCUCCUUGACGUAAAUUUCAAACCAUGGCUGCUGGAAGUCAACUACAGCCCAGCGUUGACUCUGGACUGCCAGGCAGAUAUCACAGUGAAGAAAAGACUGAUUGGUGAUAUGAUUGAUUUAAUGAGUUAUACAUUAGUUGACAGCUUAAGAGUGAAGGCUUUUCAAAGGGAAGCACACAAGAAGUCUUGUUUUCAUGCUAACCACUCACCAGAUGCUUUAAUGCCUGUGCUCCCAAAGUUUAAGGAAACCAAGUUUAAAAAGGAAAGGAAGAAAAGCCAGUUUAUUCAUACCCAGACACUUCCUAUGCUCAAAAUGACAGGCCAUAUUCAAAAGAUAAACCAAAGACACUCCGUGAAGAGUUCUUUCUUGGCUAACAAUCAAAGACAACUUCCCCCUGUUGCCUUAAACAAGAUACAAGAAGCCAAAGGCAGGAUAAUUACCGAACCACACACCGACAAGACCAUAAACCUGACACUUGGCCCACAUUCAAGGACAAACAAGUCGGUGGUAAACAGACAGACGGGUCCAGCUCCUGCACCCUGGACGAGGGUCAACGGAAGUCUUUGCCAGUCUGAGGUUACAAACUGUGAAGAACCUGAAACAGAAGCUGAGAAUGAGCUCUCAGCAGAGACAGACUUUUCCUCUAUAAUACAUGAAAUCCCAAAGAGGGAGCUGGGAUUCCGAUGUUCUGCUGCACCCUGGAAGCUCCGAGACGUUAAAGGGUAAAUACCACUCCAAUUAAAUGUUGGUAAAAACAUUGUUUGAUUUGGUUUGAAUAGUGAAACUGGCUAUGUUUUUUUUCCAACAAUAACUGUGUUUUUGUUGUUUCACAGAAGGACCAACAGGACCAAGGGGAUUUCUUUUGAUGGUAACACAGCACUAAACAAACAUGUCCCCCCACUCAGAGUUGGAGACUUCAUACGCACGUUUCCAUUUAACACAGCCACCCUGAAGGCCUCACAACAUGAACUAGAUAUUAAAGUGAUCAAACGGGAGCUUCACAAGCUGACAGGUCAGCUGGCCAAGUCAGAAAAGAAGAGAAGUAGAGAAGAGGAAGAGGUGAAGAAGGACAAGGAUGGUGAAGAGGACUUUGAUUCACUGCUGUGGGGGCCAAAGGAUCCUCCACUGAUCAGUCAGUGUCUUAAGAACAAUUUGUGAUGGUACUCUUUUUUUCUUUUGUUAAAAGGUAACUGUCCUUUUCUCAUAUUUCUACCCUGAAUGAUGGUUUCUUGCUGUCUGUGUUUGUAGAUUGUCCUAACGCUUUCAUCAGGGUCCUCAGUGUCCUCUCCUCAGGGUUAAUCCUUUCUGAGCCAUCGCACACAGAUGGUCAAAAAACAAAAAAUGGAUAAUAUAACCGCUCCCCAGAAGUGAGGCCAAAACAUGUAGAGCUCCUCUGUAAGGCUGUGGUUUAGCUCAGUUGAUAGAGCAAGUAUCCAAAUUUUGAAGGCUACAGUCACAAAGGUUAUGGGACCAACACAGGGGUCAACACGACAUGGUUUGGUGUAUGUCAAUCCCUCUUUAUCUCCUCAUGUUUCCCUUCAUUCACUCAGGCUGUCCUGAACAAAUACAAGCAAAAAUAGCUUCUGUAAACAGAGGCUUAAACUGCUGAGAUAAACCAGCGCACCAUUCAAACCCUCCCUUUUCUGCUUAUGACCUGAAUAAAGUGGGUUUCCUGUGUGGUGUUCCUCAAGGCUCAAAAAUUGGGCCACUAUGGUUUUAUUUGUAUAUGUUUCCACUUCCAUGUAAUAUUCAGAAGCACAAUUCCUUGGCUGGCUCAAAUAAAGCAAAAAAUUUAAUUAAACUUCAAAAGCUCCAAUCAGUUAAUCCUUUUAUCACCAUAAAAACAUCGCAAAACCUCCUUUCAUAACCAGAUACUGAAAAAUAAAUAAAUCUUUUUAUAUCAAGUUGACUAGACUACUUCAAUGGUCCAUUCACCAGCUUCCCGGGAUCAAAUGGCUUUGAUCCUAAAAAUAAAGAAGACGUGCUAACCAGCUGCACAUCAAAUAAAACUCAGAGGUCUACGGGCAAGGGUCUCCUGACCAUCCCAUGAACAACUUCAAAGCAGAGGAGACUGCUUCUAGCAUUUACAGAAGAUAAAAACAGCUUCAUUGUCUGAUGUUUGUGUUUGCCUUUCCACCCACGCUGCAGCCAUAAAACAACAUACAACAUGCAACUUUUAACAUGAAACAAUUAAAAAACAAUUUGUAUGCAAUACUUAUCAUGAUACCAUGCAGAGUGUACAGCUAAACUAAUUUAAGGUCCAUAUCUGCACAAAUCAAUCAAUGCCAAUCAGCAACUCAGAAA